AUGGUGCAGAUUACCAUCAACCGACCUCAUAAGAGAAACGCAUUUACUCCUCGAACAGUGACUGAGAUGUCGAAGUGCUUUACGGAUGCACGAGAGGACCCCGACAUUGGUGUGGUGAUCCUGACGGGUGCUGGUACCAUGGCUUUCUGCAGCGGAGGUGACCAGAGCGUUCGACAGAUCGGGGGUUACGCUGGAGCAGAUGGGGUCCCUCGUUUGAAUGUGCUGGACUUGCAGCAACAAAUUCGCCACCUUCCCAAGCCUGUCAUUGCCAUGGUUGCUGGCUAUGCCGUAGGUGGAGGCCACAUUCUACACAUGAUGUGUGAUAUGACGAUAUCGGCAGACAAUGGUGUAUUUGGCCAAACUGGGCCAAGGGUGGGCAGUUUUGAUGCUGGUUAUGGCGUGGCACAGAUGAUUCGCCUUGUAGGGCAGAAAAGGGCGCGUGAAAUUUGGUUCAUGUGCCGACUGUACAGCGCCGAAGAAGCAUUUCGUAUGGGCCUCGUCAACAAGGUUGUUCCACUUGAGAAGCUGGAAGAGGAGACACUGGUCUGGUGUCGUGAGAUUCUUAGGAACAGUCCAACAGCCAUACGAGUGUUGAAGGCGGCUUUGAAUGCCACUGAGGAUGGCCAAUCUGGGCUGUGGGAACUUGGCCACAACGCCACGCUGCUGUUCUAUCAGUCUGAGGAGGGCAACGAAGGGCGACAGGCCUUCAUGGAGAAGAGGCCGCCGAAUUUUUCCCAGUUCAAGCGGUGGCCUUGA